AUGGAACAGACGUUUAUGACGAUUCAUUCCACGGACCCUAGCGCUGCUAUUCUGUUCGUGUCCGACUCAGUAUUCGACAUACUGGGUUACACCCCUCAGGAGGUGCAAGGGAAGUCAUGCUUCGAUUUUUUCCACCCCGAUGAGGUGCCUUUCGCUCGUUCUGUUCACAGUCGCGGCGUCCUGCUUGAUAAGGCCGCCGUGCUUCACUAUGUUCGUAUUAUGUCACGCGACGGCCAAUGGGUGAGCUGCGAGUGUUGCUUCACAGUUGUCCAUGACGUUCUGGUCGCUUGCACCAGCAUCUAUCGGCGCGGAGAAAAGAGCGAAAGACGAGCUUCUGAAGCCCCUCAGAUCCGUCGACUUUUUUCCAGCUCUCCCCGAGACCCUCGUUACCACAUGUUGGAGCAUCUGUCACCUAAGUUCAGGAUGCCUCCUGUUGAGCGUGAACCUCGCGCAGCCCUUAUCCUGAAUCGGUUCACCCGCACGCUGACUGUCAUGUUUGCAACCAACGCUGUAUCUUCUAUCCUCGGCGUCCGGCCAGACCAGAUCAAGGACAAGAGCUUUUACGAGUGCAUCCAAGAGAAUUGUCUGCCGGAUGCCAUCAGAUGCUUGGAGAGUGCGAAGGCCAACGACUCCAUUGCGUACCUAAGGUUCUGGUAUCGAGACCCGCGGCGGCCAGAGGAUUUCGAUGGUGACGAUGAUGAAGAGCAUCAAAGCGGUAAUUCGAGUGAUUCGGAUGGUGGCGGCGUUCAGCUCGACGAUCAGCUCGACGAUCACAUGGACAUCGACGACGAUGGCCCUCAGAUCAAGCAAGAACAGCAGAUUCGGCCUGGUUUGCCAUCAAACCACAGCUCCGCAGCACACACCGUAACCACAGACGCCUCGGGUUCAAGCAACGGAACGCAGCAGACUGCGGCCACCUCGGCUCCGUCUAUCGAUGGCGCAGCAGCCCAGCCAUCCUCGCCGGCGGGGCGCCCAAGAAACCGUCGCCAAGAGCCGCCUGCAGCCUUUGAGCUUGAGGCUGUCGUGUCAUGCACGUCGGACGGACUCGUUGUCGUGAUCCGCAAGGCGCGCCCCCCAAUUCCAGCGGCUCAUCCACCGCUGGUCGUGCCGACUUAUACAAACGGCCUAUUCGCCGCGCCUUGGGGCCAAUAUCCGAUCCGGCCUCAAGUCCCGCAGGAGACGCUGCAUACGUUCAGGCCUCCCCUCAUGCCUCAGUACAUGCCUCUGCGUGACAAUGUGAUGGAUGCUGGAGGCCCACAUGUCGACCACCUCAUGAACUCUAUCAGGGAUGUUGCUGUUUUCGCAUGGGCGCUCGUGGGCAUCAAUGGCAGCCUUGCCACAUAUACGCGAGGUUUGCCGCGUGACCACGCUCAGCCUGACGGACUCCCUGUAUGGGACCCGAGCGCUGGGAGUGCCUCGUAUCUCGGCCCGGAGAACCAGGCGGUCCGGCGUUGGGCAAACUAUGACAAGGAGAAAAGGUUCGGCUCAGCAUCCUCGUACCAGCAAGCACACCCUCAUGGCGCGAUGUCCCGCCACGAACACGUCCCUCAAAGCGGUAUGAACAGCUACAUCUACUCGCAGCCGCCGCCGCCCACAUGGCCUGGCCUACAACCUGCUUAUACGUCCGCUUUCGACCCUUUCACAAACAACAGCCAUCGACCAGACUACCGACAUCAACAAUGUUUGCAGUGUCAACAAGACCGUGCUCGCCAUAACCACCCUAGUCAUCACCAGUCACACCAACAGCACCAUCAUCAACAUCAACAACAUCAUCAUCAACAGCAAGCGCAUGGCUAUGGGCAUCAGCUAGCGUUGCAGGACCCUUCACAGGACGAGAUUCCGCUACCGUACAAUGGACAAGGACAUGUCAACAGACAACCUUACGAUCAUUCCAAUGACCGCUCCACCGGACCCCCCAACGGGGAUUUUAAUGGUGGCCCAAACAAUCCGACCGGCAACAAUGAGCCGUCCAGUGGCUACCGCUAUCCCUGGCAGUAG